UGCAUUAAACUUCACCACACCAUAUAUUUGCAUAAACAAUGAGAUCAGGUGGGCUAUAUGAACGUGUUCUCCAUUACUUUGAUGAAGAUGGGGACGGAAAGAUUUCACCGAGGGAGCUAAGCCGUCGACUUGGGUUGAUGGGCGGUGAGAUGCUGUUGAAGGAAGCACAAAUAGGGGUGGAGUCGUUGGACUUGGAUGGUGAUGGUCUUUUGGGUUUAGAGGAUGUGAUUGGGUUGAUGGAAAGUGGAGAAAAAGAAGAAAAGUUGAAGGAGUUAAGGGAGGCAUUUGGUAUGUACGAUGAGGAUGGAUGCGGAUAUAUUACGGCCAAAGGGCUCAAGAGAAUGCUAAGCAAACUUGGGGAGUCGAGGUCGAUCGAUGAAUGUAUGGUGAUGAUUGAUAGGUUUGAUCUGAAUGGGGACGGUGUUAUUUGCUUCGAGGAAUUCAGAGUUAUGAUGGAAUGAAUGAUUUUUUUAUUUUUUAUUUUUAAUUUGUCCACAUACUUUAAUGGAUUGCAAUAUGGAAUAAUACACUUCAUAAUUAAUC